AUGCCUGUUCAUUACUUUCUAUCUAUCUAUCUAUCUAUCUAUCUAUCUAUCUAUCUAUCUAUCUUCAUGAGCUACUGCAAAAAAAAGGGAUUUGUUCGUUUAUUUAUUGCAUUUUGGUUAUUUAUUUGUUCAGGUAUCCUGCUAGUUGGUGCCGAAAUCCAGUGCUACCAGUGUACAAGCACUUUCCUUGACACCAACGGGAAACCGAUAGCAGGAAAAGAAAACCCAAACUGUCCCGUGGAUGGUACAGUGAAGCCUGACGCCACUUAUUCGGAGUCUUGCAGUGAGAAAUGCCUUAUGAGAACCGGUUUGCGAAACGCUGGUGUUGUCAUUCGAUCUUGUUCUGCCCAAAUUCCGCUGCCGCAACCUCUUCCUGAAAAUGGCUGCUAUUCUCACCAGGGAGACAUCCACUGCCUUUGUAACACAAGUUACUGCAACGGACAGGCUAUGAAUGAGCUUCUCAGAAAUCGAACGCUUAAAGAUCUGAAAUCAUUGGCUCGUGCUGCUUCUGAAGAAUAUGAAAAGAACAAUAAAGGAAAUGCAGGGGACAAGAAAGAUGGCCCGCACCAGUGUUACAUCUGUCAAAGUUCGUACCAGGGGAAAAUGAAUGAGAACUGUCCAGGGGACCACCAUAUCAAUGCAGGACCAACGAUUUACAGGAGUAAUUGCUCCGGUCCUUGCUACAGGAAAACAUUUCUUUCUUUCUUUGGUCAAUCGUGUCAACAUCAUUGUUUUCAUUCAUUUUUCUUUUAUUCCAGUGUCUAUUCAUAUCUAUUCUCAAUAACUCGUUCUUUCUUUCUUUCUUAUCUUUUCUAUCUAUCUAUCUAUCUAUCUAUCUAUCUAUCUAACUAUCUAUCUAAUAAAAACCUGUCCGCAUACAUCGUUUAUCGCUUCCCUAAACCAACCCCUAAGGACGGAUGUUACAAAUAUUACGUUGAUGUCUGGUGUAUCUGCCGUGGUCAUUUGUGCAACACAAAACCCUUAGGUAAAGCACAGAACAAAGAGCUCGAUUAUAUGGUGGAUAUCAAAAGCAAAGGUUCUCGUCACCUGACGAUGAUGUCACUUGUUUUAAUGACGGCAGGAGCGGCCAUAUUAAGCACAGAAUCUACUAGCAUCGACGGAGAAUGA